AUGGGUGCCCGCCCAGUUGACCCACGGACUCCUCCUCACGAGUGGUUCUUCCGCCUCCAGCUCGAGCUGCGCCUCGCGGCGGCGCUGCAGGAGAGGCUCGGCAAGCAGCCGCGCCUCUUCCUCCUCGCGGUGAUGAUGCUCGGCCUCCUCCUCUCGGCCGCAAUCUCGAACGUGACGGCGCCGGAGCUGCCCUCCGACUCGCGCUUCUCGCGCGCGCUGCUGCUCGGCCUCGCCUUCUCGUGCAACCUCGGCGGGAUGAUCACGCCGAUCGCGUCGCCGCAGAACGCGAUCGCGCUCGUCGCGCUGCAGCAGGUCGUCGGCGCCGACGUCUCGUUUGGGCGUUGGAGCUCUGUGGCCGGGCCGGUGGCGGUGGCGUGCGGCGUCACGCCGCUCACGCGCACGAAGAAGUUCUCCCUCGGCGCGGUGGCGGUGGCCGUGCUCCUUUGGGGCACCCUCUCUUGGCCGCCGCUCAAGCAGACGUUUGGCGACCCUGCGGUGGUCGGCGUCGGCUUGAUGGCGGCCGCGUUCGGCUCCGGCUUCCUCAACAAGGACGCGUGUGGGAGUGGGCGCAAGUUCCUCUAUUCUUGUGAGACGAUGAGCCGGCCGCUCUCAUUAGUAGGUCGAGUCUGA